AUGCCCUCUCCAGAAAUCCAAACUACCUCAAGAGGACCUAAAGAAAAGAGGAAAAGAAUCAUGGACCCAGAAGAAUACGAGAAAUUAAAACGGAAUAUUGGAUCAAAACGGUCAACGGCCUAUAAAUUGACAAACAACAACCUUUUCAUUAAACACGACAAAUGGAAACGAGUAAUUAAGCAACCUGAGCAUAAAAAGAUAAUAGCCGAAGUACACAAUCUGGCACACAGUGGGAAACGGCGGACAAUGGCUAAAAUCAAAGAACUCUAUUGGUGGCCGGAUAUGCUGAAGCAUAUUUCCGACUACAUCGAGUCCUGCGAUUCAUGCCAGCGCGAUACCAAACCCAAGCACAAAAACCCACUGAAUCCGAUAGCAGUAUCAGGACCAUUCGAUAUUGUGGGAAUAGACCAUGUUGGACCCUUAACAAAAUCAAAGAAAGGUUAUGAGUAUAUCAUUGUUGCCCAAGACUAUCUAACGAAAUGGCCUAUAGCAGAAGCGAUUAUCACUGACCAAGGCGCCGCUUUCACUAGACAUCGAUGGAGAUCAAUGAUGGAACUAUGGAAGAUCAAACAUAUUACUACAUCAGCGGCGAAUCCACAAGCAAAUGGUCAAGUUGAAAGAAUGAAUCAAACUAUACUCAAAUCCUUAUGCCGCACCCUAGGUGCAAAAAAAGAAUUAUGGCCCGAUAUACUCCAAUUGGUACUCAUGGACUAUAGAGUAUCCAAACAAGACACCACUGGCUACUCACCAUCGCAAUUGCUAUUCGGAAGACAAAUGCGCUUACCAAUCGAAACAGACUAUGAAACAAGAGAAACGGAAGAUUGGGAGAAAAUGAUAAAAACAAGAAUUGCUCAGUUAGAAUCGAUCGAACAAAAUCAGAUACAGGCAUCCGAACGUAUAAAGGCAAAACAACAGAAAAUGAAAAAACGGUAUGACCACAGCAUCGAAAAGAAAGAGGAAUUUAAAGUAGGAGAGCUGGUACUCCUCUACGGACCAAAGAAAUCGAAACUUGAAACUACGGCAACUGGACCUUAUAGAAUUAAAUCAAUCGGCAAAUACAAUACUUACAAACUCGAAACGCUCGGAGGUACACCAUACCUUUCGGUAACGGGGACUCGACUUAAUCGCUACAAGGAUAGGAGUGGUAAUGUCCGUAUAGAAAUUUAG